AUGGUUAUUUUUAAUAGGACUCAUGGCGAGAAUAGACUUCUUAACUACGAAUUGGGAGAUGAUUCUCGAUGGAAGAUUGAUCCAAGUGACGAGGUUCUUAUCUACGUUUACUUAAGGAAGAAGGUUCAUAGACAUCCUCUUCCACUUAAUAACAUUUUUGAAUUUGAUGUGUUUGAAAGAGAACCUUGGAUGCUAGAUAGUAGGAAUUCAUUUAGGGAUAGGAAGUAUUACUUCUUUGAUAUUAAGAACCAUAGAUUUGAAAAUAUGGAUAGAAGACAAGUUGGAAAUGGUGAAUGGAGGAGUAUGGAAAAGAACAAAGAAGUUUCUCUACCAAACAAUAUGUUCAUCGGAAGAAAGAACACCCUUGAAUUCUGGAAGAUUGAGGGAGAUGAACAUGUGAAGACUGAAUGGGUAAUGGAUGAGUUUCGAAUCACUCCAACCAUUCAUCCAUCUAAGGUUUCAUGGUUAGCUGCUUAUCGAAUUUUUAAGACUAUCUUACCGAGCGAAAUUGAUUUCACAUUAGAGGAUGAAAAUUUAUCUCCUCCUCACUCUCCAUGA